AUGACCUUGAAUGCCAGGUGCGUCUGUCCUACGAUUGAUGCUGUGCUGCUCACCAUCUCUACUACGCAUCAGCCGGCGACUGACCUGGGGUUCCUGCUGCAUAAGAACCCGGGGCGGUUGCAGUCGUUCACGCUGCCGUUCGGGCGGGCUGAUGUUUUCUAUCCCGAGGCGGAGUCCGACCGCUGCACCGUAGCGCUGCUCCUGGACAUCGAUCCGGUGGGGUUGGUACGCCACAAGUCCGGUGCGCCCAGUUCUGGCGGAUGGCUGGAGCAAUACGUGAACGACCGCCCGUACGUGGCGUCAUCCCACCUGAGCGUGGCGAUUGCCUCCGUAUUCGGCAGCGCCCUUGCCGGCGCAAGCAAAGAGCGCCCGGAGCUGGCGGAGUCGGCCAUUCCGCUGGAGGCCCGGAUCGCAGCGGUGCCGUCCAGAGAAGGAGCGGACCUCAUCCGCAGCCUGUUUGAGCCGCUCGGCUACACCGUUGAGACCCAUGGACACCCGCUCGAUACACGCUUUCCCGAGUGGGGCGCCAGCCCGUACUUCAGCGUGCACCUCACGUCGGAAUCCCGGCUCCGCGACCUACUGGCCCACCUGUAUGUGUUGCUGCCGGUACUGGACGAUAACAAGCAUUACUGGGUCGGCGACGAUGAGGUGGAAAAGUUGAUGCGCUUUGGGGAGGGGUGGCUGGGCAACCAUCCGCAGCGGGACCUCAUUUCGUUCCGCUACCUGAAGCAUCAGCGCGGCUUGGUACGCCAGGCGCUGGACCAACUGUUUGAAGCCGGCCAGGCCGACCCGGGUGUGACCGCAGCGCGGCAGGAACAGGAAGAGGAGCGGCUUGAAACCCCGCUUCGACUGGGAGAGCAGCGCAUACAAGCAGUGCUGGCCACGCUCCGCAUGCUUGGGGCAACCAAAGUGCUGGACCUCGGUUGUGGAGAAGGCAGACUGAUCGGCGAGUUGCUCGGGGAGCCUGCGAUUCGUUCGAUAACCGGCCUGGACGUCUCCCACCGGGCGUUGGAAACAGCGCGCCUGCGCCUGCACCUCGACACCCUGCCCGCUCAGCAGCGGGAUCACAUCACCCUGCUGCACGGUUCCCUCACCUACCGGGACAAGCGGCUGUCCGGCUUUGACGCCGCAGUAGCAAUGGAGGUGAUCGAGCAUAUAGACGCCCCGCGGCUUGACGCCUUUGAGGAGGUCGUAUUCGGGUCCGCAAAGCCUGGUGCGGUGCUGAUCACGACGCCCAAUGCAGAGUACAACACCCUCUUCGGGGGGCUGCCCGCCGGAGCGUUCCGGCACAGGGACCACCGGUUCGAGUGGACGCGGGGGCAAUUCCAGGCUUGGGCGAGGCAGGCAGCGGACCGUCGCAAGUAUGAUAUUGCCAUUCCCGAACUGUGCCUGGUGGCGCUCAUUGGCCCAACGGGAUCGGGGAAGUCUUCUUUUGCCGCCAGCCACUUCAUGCCCACGGAAGUGGUGUCUUCGGACAUCUGCCGGGCGAUGGUGGCGGAUGACGCCACCGACCAGGCCGCAACACCCGACGCCUUUGCCCUGCUCAACUUCAUCGCGGCGACGCGCCUGCGGGCCGGACGCCUCACCGUCAUCGACGCCACCAGCGUACAGCCGCAGGCCCGCAAGUCCCUGGUGGCGCUUGCCAGGGAGCAUGACUGCCUGCCGAACGUCCCAGACCGGCAGUUUGGUUCGCAAGUGGUGCGCCGCCAGGCGGACCAACUCCGGCGAUCGCUGCGCGGGCUGAAACGCGAGGGCUUCCGGCACGUGUUCGUGCUCGACUCCCCCGAGGAAGUGGAAGCGGCCACCAUUGAGCGCGUACCCCUGUGGGUCAACUUACAGCAUGAACACGGACCAUUCGACAUUAUCGGUGACGUGCAUGGGUGCUACGACGAACUGGUCAUCCUCCUCGAACGCCUCGGCUACCGACUGGAGACCAGCGCCGGCGCGGACGGGGAAACCGGAUUUUCGGCAUCCCAUCCGGAGGGUCGGAAGGCCGUAUUCGUCGGCGACCUCGUGGACCGCGGCCCGGGCGUCGCCGAAGUGCUGAAGCUGGUGAUGGGCAUGGUCUCCGGCGGCGUGGCGCUCUGCGUCGCGGGCAACCACGAGUCCAAGCUCGUCCGCAAGCUCCGGGGCCGGAAUGUGCAGGUAUCGCACGGGCUGGCGGAAUCACUGGCACAGCUGGAACUGGAGUCCCCGACGUUCCGGCAGCGGGUUGCCCAGUUCCUCGACGGACUGAUCAGCCACUACUGUGCUUGA